AUGUAUGUGCCUGGAUUCCACCAGCUUAACGAUGUUGUAAGUUGUUGCCUGUGGGAAAGAAUCCACUGUGACAGUCUCACUGGAACCGUUGACAGUCUCACUGGAACCGCCGUUGACAGCCUCAAUCUCAGAGGAGAUUUUGGUGAAGGAGGGAGCUAUUUAGUUGGUAAUGAGGUGAACUCUUCUUUGGCUGAGUUGAGGCAUCUCAAGUACCUGGACUUGAGUCAGAAUUUUUAUCAAGGAAGCCGGAUCCCUGAGUUCAUUGGAUCCUUCAAAGAGCUGAGAUAUCUCAAUCUCUCUUAUGCUUGUUUUCAAGGUAUUAUUCCUCCUCACAUUGGAAAUCUUUCUAAUUUAAAGGUUUUGGAUCUCAGUUCAAAUUAUAAUCUAACAUCGGAUGAUAUGUCAUGGACUUUUGGCCUUCCAUCACUCAAGCAUCUCGAUUUGAGUUGGGUGGAUCUUGGCGGAGCAAAAAACAUGGACAUGAUGCUUUACAAUCUUUGUUCAUUAAAAGAGUUAAGUUUGCGUGGUUGUGGACUUUCCAAUGUGCAUCUUGGUCCUUCUCUUAAUUCGAGUAGAAUUCUUGCCAACAUAAAACGCCUUGAUCUUGGCUCUAAUUCUUUCAAAGGCCCACUCCCUGGAUUCUUCCGAAACAUGACAUCCCUAACAUUCCUAGAUCUUUCUAAAUUUAAUCUUAGUUUGGCAUGGAACUUUGCAAACGUGCUAAACAUGAUCCGUUCUUUAUCAGAGCUGCAUUUGUCACUUUGUGGGCUUGAUAAGACUUUUCUAUCUUCCGCUCAUUUUAAUAUCACUAUGCUUUCUAACAUCCAACACCUGGAUCUUAGCUGGAAUUCAAUUGAAGGCAUAUUUCCAUCUGUUUUCAGUAAUAUGAGUUCCUUAAGAGUCCAUCUCUGA